CCCGACCCUACCCCCGGGCCCCAGCCGUCGACCGGCAGCGCCCCCACCCCGCCCGCUAUUUAUGCGUACUUGUUCGCCGAGCGAGAGUCGCCGGGGAUGGGCGUCGUCCUCCUGCUCCAGAGCUCACUCCGCUCGCGCUCCUCCGCCACCGUAGUUCAGGAGGAGUGAUAUCCAGUGGUUGAGUGCUUCAAGUAUUUGAGAUUGAGACAGAAAAUGUCUUCCUCAAGGCCUACUCAGUGUUCCAGUUCAUCCAGCAGGACUCGCCAGAACUCACGAGCAAGGAUAUUAGCACAAACAACCCUUGAUGCUGAACUCAAUGCAGAGUAUGAAGAAUCUGGUGAUUCCUUUGAUUACUCCAAGUUGGUUGAAGCGCAGCGGAGUGGCCCACCUGAGCAGCAAGGGCGUUCAGAGAAGGUCAUAGCUUACUUGCAGCACAUUCAGAGAGGAAAGCUAAUCCAACCAUUUGGUUGCUUGUUGGCCCUUGAUGAGAAGAGCUUCAGGGUUAUUGCAUUCAGUGAGAAUGCUCCGGAAAUGCUUACAACAGUCAGCCAUGCUGUGCCUAAUGUUGAUGAUCCCCCAAAGCUAGGAAUCGGUACCAAUGUGCGGUCCCUUUUCACUGACCCAGGUGCCACAGCACUACAAAAGGCACUAGGAUUUGCUGACGUUUCUUUGCUGAAUCCUAUCCUAGUCCAAUGCAAGACCUCAGGCAAGCCAUUCUAUGCCAUUGUUCAUAGGGCAACUGGUUGUCUGGUGGUAGAUUUUGAGCCUGUAAAACCUACAGAAUUUCCUGCCACUGCUGCUGGGGCUUUGCAGUCUUAUAAGCUUGCUGCUAAGGCAAUCUCCAAAAUUCAGUCACUACCAGGUGGGAGCAUGGAGGCCUUAUGCAAUACCGUGGUUAAGGAAGUCUUCGACCUUACAGGUUACGACAGGGUGAUGGCUUACAAGUUCCAUGAAGAUGAGCAUGGGGAGGUCUUUGCGGAGAUCACAAAACCUGGUAUUGAGCCUUAUCUUGGCCUUCACUAUCCGGCCACUGAUAUCCCUCAAGCUGCAAGGUUCCUUUUCAUGAAGAACAAAGUACGAAUGAUCUGUGAUUGUCGUGCAAGAUCUGUGAAGAUUCUUGAAGAUGAAGCACUCUCCAUUGAUAUUAGCUUGUGUGGUUCAACUCUUAGAGCACCACACAGUUGUCACCUUCAGUAUAUGGAGAACAUGAACUCAAUUGCAUCCCUUGUCAUGGCUGUUGUGGUCAAUGAAAAUGAAGAGGAUGAUGAACCCAAUCCUGAACAACCACAGCAGCAGCAGAAGAAGAGGCUGUGGGGUCUCCUUGUUUGUCAUCAUGAGAGCCCCAGAUAUGUCCCGUUUCCACUGAGGUAUGCCUGUGAAUUCUUAGCACAAGUGUUUGCUGUCCAUGUAAACAAGGAGUUUGAAUUGGAGAAGCAGAUACGAGAGAAAAGCAUUCUACGAAUGCAAACAAUGCUCUCUGACAUGCUAUUCAGGGAAGCAUCUCCCUUGAGUAUCAUAUCUGGGAGUCCAAAUAUCAUGGACCUAGUUAGAUGUGAUGGUGCUGCUCUUUUGUAUGGGGACAAAGUAUGGCGUCUUCAAACGGCUCCAACUGAAUCUCAGAUACGUGAUAUUGCCUUCUGGCUUUCAGAAGUUCAUAGGGAUUCCACUGGCUUGAGUACUGACAGCCUCCAGGAUGCUGGAUAUCCAGGAGCUGCCUCCCUUGGUGACAUGAUUUGUGGAAUGGCAGUGGCUAAGAUCACUUCCAAGGAUAUUCUUUUCUGGUUCAGGUCACAUACAGCUGCUGAAAUUAAAUGGGGAGGUGCAAAGCAUGAUCCAUCUGACAAGGACGACAACAGAAGGAUGCACCCAAGGUUGUCCUUCAAGGCAUUCCUUGAGGUUGUCAAGAUGAAGAGUUUGCCAUGGAAUGACUACGAGAUGGAUGCUAUUCACUCAUUGCAACUUAUACUUAGAGGUACGCUGAAUGAUGCCACAAAGCCGGCCCAGACAUCUGGUUUAGAUAACCAGAUUGGUGAUCUCAAACUUGAUGGGCUUGCUGAAUUGCAGGCAGUGACAAGUGAAAUGGUUCGCCUGAUGGAAACAGCAACUGUUCCAAUCUUAGCAGUAGAUGGCAAUGGAUUGGUCAAUGGGUGGAAUCAAAAGGUAGCAGAAUUGACAGGAUUGAGAGUUGAUGAGGCUAUAGGAAGACACAUACUUACACUUGUGGAAGAUUCUUCUGUAUCAACUGUUCAGAGGAUGCUAUACUUGGCUCUGCAGGGCAGAGAAGAGAAGGAAGUUCGAUUUGAGUUGAAAACACAUGGCUCCAAGAGGGAUGAUGGCCCUGUUAUCUUGGUUGUAAAUGCCUGUGCCAGUCGUGACCUUCAUGACCAUGUUGUUGGGGUGUGCUUUGUAGCCCAGGAUAUGACUGUUCAUAAGUUGGUCAUGGACAAAUUUACUCGUGUUGAAGGGGACUACAAGGCAAUCGUUCAUAACCCGAACCCACUCAUUCCUCCCAUAUUUGGUGCUGACCAAUUUGGGUGGUGCUCUGAGUGGAAUGCAGCGAUGACCAAGCUUACCGGGUGGCACAGAGAUGAGGUGAUUGAUAAGAUGCUCCUUGGUGAGGUUUUUGAUAGCAGUAAUGCUUCCUGCCUUUUGAAGAACAAAGAUGCAUUUGUGCGUCUUUGCAUUAUCAUCAAUAGUGCAUUAGCCGGUGACGAGGCAGAAAAGGCUCCAUUUGGCUUCUUCGAUCGAAAUGGGAAGCACAUUGAGUGUCUUCUUUCAGUGAACAGAAAAGUAAAUGCAGAUGGUGUUGUCACUGGAGUGUUCUGUUUCAUUCAUGUUCCUAGUGAUGAGCUGCAGCAUGCACUACAUGUGCAGCAAGCCUCGGAACAAACAGCAGUGAGAAGGCUGAAGGCUUUCUCGUACAUGCGACAUGCCAUCAACACACCUCUCUCAGGUAUGCUUUACUCUAGGGAAGCACUCAAGAGCACAGGUCUGAAUGAAGAGCAGAUGAGGCAGGUCCAUGUUGCAGAUAGUUGUCAUCACCAGCUAAACAAGAUACUUUCCGACUUAGAUCAAGAUAACAUUACUGACAAGUCAAGUUGUUUGGAUUUGGAUAUGGCUGAAUUUGUGUUGCAAGAUGUGGUGGUGGCUGCAGUCAGUCAAGUACUGAUAGGUUGCCAGGAUAAAGGGAUCAGAGUUUCUUGCAACCUGCCAGAGAGAUUCAUGAAGCAAAAAGUGUACGGGGAUGGUAUUCGAAUCCAGCAGAUCCUCUCUGACUUCCUAUUUGUUUCGGUGAAGUUCUCUCCUGUUGGAGGUUCUGUUGAUAUCUCUUCCAAACUGACUAAGAACAGCAUUGGGGAAAGCCUCCAUCUCAUAGACCUGGAGCUUAGGAUCAAGCACCAGGGAACAGGUGUUCCAGCAGAAAUACUAUCACAAAUGUACGAGGAGGACAAUAAGGAACAGUCAGAAGAGGGGUUGAGCCUUCUUGUUUCUAGAAACCUUCUGAGGCUCAUGAAUGGUGAUAUUCGUCACCUGAGGGAAGCUGGCAUGUCAACCUUCAUCCUUACCGUGGAACUUGCCUCUGCUCCUGCCGCCGGUGGACAUUGAAGCCAACACUGCAACAAGUGGUUUCGAAUGCUCUCUUUCAGUUCAUUCGGAAAACCAGAUGGUUCGUGGAGAAUGGGAAUGCUGCAGGUUGUAGGGCCACUGAAUGCAUGAAUAAGUUUGACUUGUAUGGUUGUUUGUCAGGGUGGAAAAGGUUGUACGGGCAUAAUAGGCCCUGUAUUUCUGCCCUGUUUCUACCUGUUAUCCAACUGUGUAGUUUUUUUAUCCUUUCAGAAACAGAAAAUCCUUCCGUGUAAGUUUCAAGUUUAAGUUAACAUGAAUAAAGCGUCAAUUUUAGCUGCA